UAUUCCGCUUCUUUUUCCCACUACUUCUUUGUGGCUUUCGUCUUCGUCUUCCGCUGGAUUUCUUCUUGCUCGCUUCCCCAGCUCUUUGAUCCGAUCCAUCGCGCCAUGCAGAUCCUCCCCGCCAGAGCAGUGCCCCCGGCGCAAGUGGUUCGUGCGAGAUUUCGGUGUCAGUCGCUUCGCCGGAGCUGCUGCUGCUGGGCGCGCUGCCGCUGCGACCAUUGAGAGCGAUCUCUAGGCGCGGCUGUGGCGAUUUGUUCUUGGAGCGGCAUCGGGAGAUGGGAAUUUGGCCUGCUCGGCUCGAUCAAGCCGUCGGCGGUGACUGAGCGAGCAGCAGGCUGCCCGAUUCGAGCUCCCAGGAGGAUAUUUCGGCCGCCGAUCGCCGCAUCGAUCGGCCUUCUCGGCGGGGUCGGCUUCUUUCUUGGCCGGAUCUUAUUAGCUAUGGCUCGGACUGGAGGCGCGGUACGGCAGUAUGUCCGGUCAAAAUUGCCACGGCUGAGAUGGACGCCGGAUCUUCACCACAGCUUUGUGAGCGCGGUGGAGCGGCUUGGAGGGCAAGAGAGAGCCACACCCAAGCUUGUUCUUCAGCUCAUGGAUGUCAAAGGCCUCACCAUCGCCCAUGUCAAGAGCCAUCUCCAGAUGUAUAGAAGCAUGAAAAGCGAUGAGAACUUCAAUGUUAACACUCAAACCGAUGGAGAGAGCAUAUCCGACUCGCAGUCUCCGCGAGCGGCAAGGUUUCCAGGCGAGUUCGUGCUCCCGGAUCACGACCAAAGCGAGCGUUCAUCGCUUUACAACAACAGCCAUUUACAUCCAGAGCCAACGGUCCAAGGUGCGGUACUCGCGUCUACGAAUCGAUACAGCCCGAGCAUAAGAUGUGACACUUCGAGCGGCCCGUGCAUAGCAUGGCCAGGAGAUGUGAGCGAUCAUGGAUCUGGAUUGUGCUGCUUCCGGGAGUGGCAGGGACGCGAGUUCCAUGUCGCGGACGAUGCACUCCAAGCUCCGGAGCUCGCUGGCGGAUUUCGGAGAAGAAAGAGAAGUUGCACGCGAGAAUGUCCGAAAGACACCGUGUCGCAAGCGUCCGAGGUCAGAAACGGCGGCCAUGCUGCUGCCGGGUACGAGAAUUUCGACUUUUUGGACAUAAACCGUAGCUCUAGCAGCAGAAGCGACGACAAGCGGGAAACCCGACAGCUGCUGCUAAGCGGCACACUUUCGGAGCCAACGCGAGAAAUUCACGGCGCAGAGCUCAAGCUUGGAAGCAAUGUGCUCGACUUCCGGAUCAGUCUGCCGGGGCUGCUCGAGGACGACGACAAGCUCGUCGACAGCACGCUCUCACUCUCUCUCCCCAAUAGCAGCAGCACUGCGACCAGCAGCUUCUCUCGUCAUCAGCAAUUCCCAGAGAGACCGAGUCCCAGUCCGACUGCGUCGACUCGCCACUGGAACCAAGCCAGUGCACAGAGAUCAUCCAUGGCGAAGCCGACGUUCAAGCUGGAGCACACGAGCAACAGGAGGCCUCCCAACCUCGACUUGACCAUGGCAAUUGGUGCCGGCUAAAACUCUCUACUCACUUUUUACUGCCUCGAGCUCGGACUUAGUGCGGUGACUUUACAAAGGCACAGCUCGCGGAUCCGAAAGCAAGAAAGAGGCUGUUGUUGGUGCAUGGUGGUGAUGGUUCACAAGUUUUUUUUCUUUCGGGUGUCGCUCCUCGACAGUAGCGCUGAAAGUACUCUGGGCAUCAACCAGAGUACUCUCAUUGUAUCAAUCAGAGGGUCGGCAGUGGCAGCAGGAGCAGCAUGCUCAUCAGUGCUCGGCGAUGAAAAAUCGGUCCCGACUGAUCACUUAUGAUCCAUGGUGGGAGGGAUAGAUCACAGACAGAUAAAAGUUGCAACAACUGGAUUGGAAGGGAAGAGAUCGCUGAGCAGUGGUGUGUCGGUCCAGCCAGCCAGCAGUCCUAUAUAGCUCUCGACGGAUAGCCUUUGGAAGUAGUAAGUCGGCUAAGCGUGAAGCAAACCUCUCGCGUGAAUUAUUGAUCGAUUUUGCAGCUCCGCUAUAGCCUGGGCCGUGCUGGAAAACUUUUCAAAGUGGUAAAAAGACAGCAGCGAGAGGUUUGGGGAAAUUUCUUUGUGCUGCAGCUGUUGCUGCUGCUGCUGCUGCUGCUGCUGCUUCUUCUUUUUUUUUUUUCAACCGUACACUGUUGUCGUGUCAAUUUUUUUGGUUUUGGCCACCACGGCAGGCUAUAGUCAGUAUAUAUAGAAUGCCGGACUGGUUUCAA